UGGCUCUGAAGCCAUGUUGCAGAAUGAUGUACGGAGCGCAGGAUAACAUAGCGAACUACGGUCUGCCACCUCAUUCGUGAUCUGUCUCGCAGACCUCCUCGCCGCUGUCAUGUCUGAAGCGAGGCGCGUCUCUGAGAAGCUCUCCGCUAUCGAUGCCAAGAACAGCGAGGAGAGCAAGAGCACAAAAGUCCGGCGGAAGGCGCCGCACAGUGUAAAGCUUUCCUCUCCAUCUCGCGCGGUCGGUUGUCUAUGGAGCUCAGCUUGCUUACGGGACUCUCCCGUUCUUUCUCCGACUCUAUUGGCCUACCUAAAUUCCUGCUUUCUUGUAUAACUUUUCUGUGACAUCUGAGCUCAAGACUCGGCUGACCCAGGCUCUAAACUGUUAAAUUCUGCCGAGAGAGGCUGCUUCGAUCGCGCGCUUCUAGAAGGACAACACGUGUGCUCUGCAAAGAUUUUGUAACAUGCUUUAUUUGU